GCGGAGCUCUGGAGCCCGUUAAUAAGUAGCGGUCUCUGCUCGGAGCAUCUCAGCAGAUAUCCGUCCGCCGAUCAAGCACCAUGUCUCAUGGACCGGUCUACAACCCCCCUGUUCCAUUCAGCACCCACUUUCACGGUGGCCUCAACGAUGGCACCAUGGUUGUUAUCAGCGGCACUGUACCACAUUCGGGUGACAGGUUUUCUGUGAACUUCCAGUGUGGUGCUGGUGAAAGUGAUGAUAUUGCCUUCCACUUCAAUCCACGUUUUGAUGGAGGACUUUUAGUUUGCAACACAAAGCAAUGUAACAGUUGGGGAAAAGAAGAACGUAAGAAUGAGCUGCCAUUUCAUAGGGGACAGCCUUUUGAAAUCCGGAUCCUAGUUUCACACCAUGACUACAAAGUUUCUGUGAAUAGACAGCACUUUUUGGAGUACUGUCACAGAAUUCCUCUGCCCCGAGUCAACACUUUAACAGUAAAGGGCUGUGUUACUCUAACAUGUGUUGACAUACAAGGGGGUGGACACAUUCACCCAGGUGCACAAAUGCAAAAUCCAGUAUUCCCACCGCAACUAGGAUUUCCGACGAGUGCUGGAUUCCAACCUGGUCCAUUUAAUCCACAUGGAAAUUAUGCAGUCCCAUACCAAACUAACAUCUAUGGAGGCCUGUUUCCUUCCAAGGUGAUUGUCGUCAGAGGAACUGUUAAUGCACACCACCCAAAGAGAUUUCAUAUCAACCUGAAAUUUAGUGGGGGAACAGCCUUUCAUUUCAAUCCAAGAUUUGAUGAACAGUCUAUAGUCCGAAACAGCUGUCUGAAUAACUCCUGGGGAAAGGAGGAACGGCAAAUGCCGAGCUGUGGAAUGGGUUUUGCACCUGGUCAAAGCUUUGUGAUUGAAAUAAUUUGUGAGCACAACCAUUUCAGAGUGAAUGUGAACGGGAUCCAUGUGUGCAACUUCAAUCACCGUGUGCCACAUCUCCAACAAAUAGACACCCUGCAAAUUGAAGGCGAUGUCGUGCUGCAACAUGUUCAGAUUUAGAUUUGUUAAUCAUUGUGCUGACUGCAGUAACAGCUUUUCUCGCUGGUUAUUACUUUGAUGCAUCUACAGUAUACAUUUAGUAUAAGAA